ACGGAGGGGAAAGCGACUGGGGGAGGCAGGUAAACAGCGCACCGGGCUGGGGACUCCCCCGCCCGGAAAGCGAGGCCGCGGGUGCAGCUAGCGUGAAGCAAUGGCCAUCCUGUUUGUCGUUGUUGCCAGAGGCACGACCAUCCUUGCCAAACAUGCCUGGUGUGGAGGGAACUUCCUGGAGGUGACGGAGCAGAUCCUGGCAAAGAUACCAUCAGAGAACAACAAACUCACCUACUCACAUGGAAAUUAUCUAUUUCAUUAUAUCUGCCAAGACCGGAUUAUAUACCUAUGUAUCACAGAUGAUAACUUUGAACGUUCCAGAGCCUUCAGUUUCCUGAAUGAAAUCAAAAAGAGAUUUCAGACUACGUAUGGUUCAAGAGCACAGACAGCACUUCCAUAUGCCAUGAACAGCGAAUUCUCCAGUAUCUUGGCUGCACAGCUGAAACACCACUCGGAGAACAAGGGCACUGAUCAGAUGGUGGAGACACAAGCCCAGGUUGAUGAACUUAAAGGAAUCAUGGUCCGAAACAUAGACCUGGUGGCCCAAAGAGGAGAGAAGCUGGAGCUGCUGAUAGACAAAACGGAGAAUCUAGUGGAUUCAUCUGUCACAUUCAAAACUACCAGCAGGAACCUGGCCAGAGCCAUGUGUAUGAAGAACCUCAAGCUUACCAUCAUCAUCACAGUAGUAUCAAUUGUGGUCAUCUACAUCAUUGUGUCGGCUGCCUGCGGUGGGCUUACAUGGCCCAGCUGUGUGCAGAAGUAAACAGAUGGCCUGUGCUGAUCAGCCAAGAAUGAGAGCGCAUGAGCGUGUGCGAAGGAGCAACCCACAAAAUAACUUGUCUUUCACUACUGACACCUCAUUCUUCCAUCCUUCCAGGACUUCGGACUUCUCUUUGUCUUAUCACCCCUAGCGGCCCCAAAUCACUGCCUCAGUGCAGUUUCAGCCUCAAGGAAGAGCAGUUUUAAAACUACUUGAAGGGAUUUUGUUUCUUUGUUCUUUUGUCUUAACUGCAGUUUCUCAGCUGGGCAGGCAGCAAGGCAGUCUCCAGAGGGUACGUGCAGGCUCAUGUGUGUGUGUAUGUACAGCUUUGCACUUUAAUGGGAGCAUACUAAGCAGAGAACAGCAUUGCUAGUGCCUCCAUCUCUGCAUGAGCAGUGGGGCUGGAGAGCUCAAGGUGGGUCUAUGAAGGUAGUCAGAGUGGUGAAAGUUCAUUUUGCUGCCACUAUAUAUUGGGAUCUAAUUAACCUCUCCUCCCUACAUGUUUGGUCCACAAACUGAUGUACUAUGUAGAGUUAAAUGCUUGCUUGUUCAGGGGCCACCAAUGCAAACAUGGGUUGAGGUCACAAAUGGAAUGGCACAGUAGCUGGUAAGAUCCCUUAAAGGCAUAGGCCCCUCUUGGAGAGACAUCUCCCUCUUCAAUAUGGAACCCUUUUUUCCUUUGGGGUAUCUCUUUGGACAUCUAUACAGAUGGGUGGGGAUUGAGUGGGCAUGUUAAAAUGUCUCCUCUUUCACCCUCUGUCUUCUGCCCAGCUCCCCUACUCUGAGACUAAGUUGAUAGAGUAAAGGUGAUGGUUGUGAUAACUUGGCUGCUGUUUGUCAUUGUGUUUUAAGUAUUGCUUCUGUCCUGUAUGUUUAAUCCUCCCCCACUCAAAAUAAACUUACAGCAAGUGCUUAUUACUCAAGAUGGAAGAGAUGGAACUGGGGCCAAGCUAUUUUUCUAGUUUGCAAAGAGAAUGUGUGUUCUGAGGUGCCAUGUGCUUGCGUUUCCAUCCUGGUCAGAUCCUUCCACAUGUUAAAGAAACAGGUAACUGAUGGUUCCAUCCCAGUUCUAGGUCUCAUCUUGUGUUGGUCUGAAGGGAUGCUCUUAUCCAGAUAUGUAUUCUGGAUUCUUAUCUGUGGUACAAAACACCAAUGUUAACAACCAAAGGCAGGGGUCCUUGACAAAUAUACCGCUAUGAGAACCUCACAGGGCCAAAAAUAGCCCCAUAGAGAUUUGUCCAGUGUCCGAUGAUAGCUUUGAUUAUAAACCCUUUGUCCUAUCUGGACAUCCUUAUCCUAAGGGUAGCCCUGUAUAAUUCCUCAGUAGCUGAAAUGGGGGUUGCACUGUCCAGUUAUAUACAGUGCAGAUUUGUAAAGUAGUGGCUUGAGGUCUGACCUAGGCAGUGUGUAAAAAGGCUUGCUGACUCUUUUUUUUUUUUUUUUUUUUUUUUUUAUACUGUUCAAUAUUUCUUUGAAAGAGCUCUGUUUCCUAUGGAGGGGAUGGAGACAAAAGCAAAUCCUCUGAUAAAUGAGAAAUAUGAGAUGGCUUAACACACACAUCUAACUCCUGGGCCCUAGAGUUUCCUACUGCUCAGUCACUGAGCACUGAGAAACUAACUCCUACUAUUAAGAAAAUGGAGGUGUGUGUGUGUGGGAGGAAGGGAGAGAGAGGCUUAAUACUAGUGCAUAUAUUUAAAGCCAUGUGCUUAUUGCAGUGCGAUUAAUCAGAUGUGAUGUACAGAACAGCUUUUGCACUCUGGCCUUGAGGAGUUUAUCCCUGAGGCCAUUUAGUACUGGGUCCCCAUGAAACAGGGCACUGAAAACCAAAUUGCCACCCCAUCACAUCCUUUGUGCUGCUGCAUGUUACACACUGAUCUCUCAGCAGGUUCCAUUCUGUAACAGUACUCUAAAUUCACAUCCAUGCAUGGGUUUAUCCUCAGUAGACCAAAAUCUGAUCCAUGGUAGUUGGAAAUUGGUAAGUAGUGUCUUCCUGCCAUGCAAGUAAACAUAUUUGUGACCCUGUUCUCCAUGUUAAGUUCACUUUCAUCGCCAGUUGGACUAACCACUGAGAAUAGAGACAGUGCUGAGUUUAUUGGAAACCCUCAAUCGGUGAAAUACUCAUGGCUUAUCUGGGAAGAGCAGGAGAUAGGUCAUCUCCUUCAAGUAUGCACUACUGCCCACAAUCAAUGUGCAACUCUGCAUGUUUUAGGGAUUGGUAAUGUUACUGUUAAUUUACUAUGAUUUGUCUCUUUAUGUACAAAUACUUUUUAUAUAAACGAUUUCCUCUUGUUUUAAAGAAUGCAGUGAGGCAUUACUGUAAAACAAAGUUAUCCCGUUUGAAUAAAUUUACUGUAUGGCAAAUGACCAGACUUUGCUAAG